AUGGCAAAUUUGCUAUGGAAUUCGGACAUUGAUGUGUAUAAUACAGAAGUCAUACCAUUGCUGGUGGCAGAAGGUAUAGCGAAAUACUUGCCGGUGCAAGAUUUGCUUACAUUCGCUCGUGUAUCCAAGAAUACGUAUAAAAGUGUCAAUAAUCCUAAAUUAUGGGUUUCAAAGCUUAAGAGUUUGCAGGUAUGGAAUUCAGCUAUUUCAUUGAAGCAAGAAGACUUGGCAGAUCCAAAAGCAUUAAAUUAUUUGGACAAUCCUUUGCACUGUUUAGAUAAAGUUGUCAAAUCAUCCAAAAUGGCAAAACUCCAAGUUUUAAAGAUACAUCGAAGUCUAUGGCCCUAUUAUAAGGACUUACUUAGUAAUAAACCAUUUGACAGGCUAUUGAUAUUUAAAGACUUUGAGACUCCCGAGGAUCAAGCAAAGAUUUUAUACAAUAUGCUUAUUUUCAAUAAGAUUGACUAUGUUGAUCAGUCUAGAGUAUUAGUACAAGAGAAAGUCAAUUCGCUCUUUGAGAUAUUUGAGAAUGCUGUGUUAAGAGAAAUGGAAAUUCAUUAUGACCUUGAAGAUUAUGAUAAGACGAGACAAUUUGUUUUAAUCCUUAUAAUGUUAAAGAAUGAACAGACUUUAAUUGAUUUUUUCCUUCAAAAGAGUAUAUUUGAUAAAGAAGAAAGUGAUAUUUUCAAUUUAGAAAACUUCAACCCUGACAAAUACUAUACACAAGAAGAAGAUGGAUCAAAAUAUCAUCUUGACGAAGAAGCAUUUCAUACAUUGGUGAAGGAUAUAGCUGAUGUAUUCAAUCAUCAAUCAAAAGUAAUAGACCUAAUCUUCCCUCAAACAGUACCCAUCAUGUAUAAAGUUUGUGAAGAGUUAAUUUCAAAUCAAUUAACUGAGUUAAUGUUAGUUUUAAUAGAAAAUUCAAAAUCUAGGGGAUUAUAUUUAAAUCUUGUACCAUUCAUAUAUCAACAGAUGACUACAUCGUUAAUUGAAUUGUUAAAUGAAUCCCAAAAUAUUGGUGUACUGUAUAAGCAACUUAUUUGUGAAUUGAUCGAUAUGCUGUUUGAAUCAUUCGUGGCUGAGUAUAUCAGGGAAGAAAUGCAAAGCUUCAAGUUAAUCACCAAUGAGAAAAUCAAAGAAUGGAAGGAUUUAAUCUCCAAAAGAGAAGCAGAAACAUCCCAGAAUAUAUGGAAAUUAGUUAAAUCAGAAACUAAAAAUGAUUUUUUAACAAGUUUUAAAAAGGUAUUCACCAUAAGUAACAGUUCAGAUAAAGAAAAAAAAGCUACUGAGGAUGAAAACUACUCAGAGAUUCAAGCUAAAGCUAAGAUCUUAUCAGAGAAUAUAAAGUCGUUGUCAAAGAGCUUUAGUCCGGAGCUUAUCCUUGAAACUUUGAAUGAAGCUAAAAUCACCUUACAUAGACUAUUGAGUUUUAAGAAUUUUUCCAUUGCAUCUUUAAAAAAUGAUAUCUUUACUGCAAUGCAAGAAAUUUUCAUUGAUGUCAUUGAUGAUAUCGGUAACGAACAUUUAAGACCCGGAUUUGAUAAGGCCCUUCAAUACUUGCAGACUUACAAUCCAAAUUCACCAACUUAUACAGAAUCCCAUAACGAAACAUUUGUGGAACCAUUAGUGUUAUUCUGUGAUUUAAUUACUAUGGCUGACUUGAUUAUUCAAAUGAUUGAUAUAUUUUAUAAAGAGGAAAUGAUAAAUAGGCAAAUCAUCAAAAAUGAAAAUUCUAUUUUAAACCCUUCACUUCAAAACAAAAAGAAGUUGGAAGGAUUGGUCGAUAAAUAUGUGGCUGAUGGUUUAAAUAUAGGACUUGAAGUUUUAGUUAAUGAAAUUGAUGCAAUUUACAAGGAAACAUUAACCAAUGAAGACUAUAACCCACCAAGUGAGGAACCAUCCCUUUUCGGGGCCACUGAUGCUGCUCAAAGGGCGGUAAAGAUCUUGGAAUACAAUAUGGAUUUGAUUGUUGACAGUGCUGAUAAGUCUGUCGUUGAAGUCUUCCAUCAAGAAAUUGCAGAAAGAUUCUUUCAAAUCAUUGUUAAAUACUUAAAGAAGAGUACGGUAUCUGUUACAGGAGCAACUAAGUUAAUUUCUGACUUGAACUUAUAUUAUGAAUUCAUUUCUUCACACAUCAAGACCAAUAAAAGAAUGGUUUUACCCUUAUACGAAGCUUUGAAAAAGCUUGGAAAUGUAUAUUUAAUUAGUGGAGAUGAUUCAAAAGCGAUUGGGAAAUUGGUCAGUGAUUUGUCAAAGUUUAACGGGAUUUUUGGUCAAGAAGAGAUUUAUGAAUUCGUCCAACGAAGAGCAGAUUGGCCAGUGAUUAGAAAACAUGUAGAGAAGGUUAUGUAUGGUUUUGGUUUAGGGGAUUGUUCCAUUUGUUAA